GCAUCAGUAGUUCAGUGAGUCAGACAGCCCUUCUCUUUGGCUCAGAUCUACACCGGGAAUAUUUCACACCACAUAGCUGCCUCAUACAGCAGGCUAUAUCUUGGGCUUCAAUGUUGUUCAAAAAGAUCAAACGGACUAGCUAAUGCAAAAAAAAAAAAAAAAAGUGAAAUCAAUGGAUAAGCGAAGCUGCAAACCACAGACACUUGCAUUUCACAUGCAUUGACGAGAAAGUAAGUAGGAUUUUUUCCCCUUUCUGCAGCGUAGUGCACAGGUGCUCUCCUGGAAUAUGCUUGCUUGAAAUCAGCCCGGUUAUAUCAGUUUCAACUACUGCAGUUUGUAAGAAUGAACGUUCAGUGGCUUCAGAAACCGGUACCGGGGAGACACGGACACAAGCGCUUUGACAUAGACGAGCCCGUGAUCAGAUGUCCGCGGCUCAGCGAGUCUUCGGCUGAUGCGGGUCUCCUGGGUUCCUCACCGGGAUCCCCGGUAAACGGAGCGCCUCUGAUCCACACCUCAGCCCACCAGUGUCCCGCUCGUAUCGGCCAGUUCCUGCUAGUGCCCCUGACUGACCGACCAGGGGUACACAGCGCUUUGGACAUGGACACAGGAGAGGAACUGCUCUGCAAGGUGUUAGAUAUGGGUAAUUACCAGGAGAAAAUAAGAGCCUACAGCAUGCUGUCAAGUCAUAAGAACAUUGCACAGAUCAAAGACAUAGUUCUUGGGGAGAGCAAAGCAUAUGUGUUUCAAGAGAAGGAUUUUGGUGACAUGCACACCUAUGUAAAGAGCAGCAAGAGGCUUCCUGAAGACCUGGCCUCCAAGUUUUUCUACCAAGUGGUGUCUGCAGUGAAUCACUGCCACCAGGUUGGCAUCGUUUUGGGAGACCUCAAGCUCCGCAAGUUUGUGUUCUCAGACGAGAAAAGGACCCAACUGAAAUUAGAUGGUCUGGAGGACUGCCAUAUUCUGUGCGGAGAGGACGACUCGAUGUUCGACACACACGGCUGCCCUGCGUACGUGAGUCCGGAGAUUUUGAACGGCGGAGGGUGUUACUCAGGCAAGCAGGCGGACGCAUGGAGCCUCGGCGUCAUGCUCUACACAUUGCUGGUGGGCCGCUAUCCUUUCCACGACCCGGACCCUGCAACCCUGUUCUCUAAGAUUCGACGGGGCACAUAUUGCCUCCCUGAUGGGCUGUCUUUAAGGGCACGCUGCCUACUUCGCAGUCUGCUCAGAAAGGACCCGGGCGAAAGACUGACCACAGCGGAGGUCCUCAUUCACCCGUGGUUCAAUGGCAACACCCAGGACACAGGAAACGCAGAACAGCAUGUCAACCUCAGAGAACAGACUGUGCCCCAGAUAGAAAUGGAGCAGGACGAGGAUCUUUUCUCCUGAGGAAACCAAUAUAGCUUGAAUAUGGACCAAAACUGUUGGUUUUCUUGGUGUUUUGUUUUUAUUAUUUGGUCUCUCAUAUGGAUUUUGUAAUAGAUUCAGAAGUAUACUCACUCAAGGUACUGUAUCAUCUGUGUCAGGUUUAAGGACAGUGUGCACAACUGCCAGUGUAUUUUGAAGUCGUCUGCUAUAGUGAACCAUUUUUGAGCUGUAUGAAGUGAAUGAGGCUAGGCAUUAUGGGUCAUGUGAUAAUGAGAGAAUGUGAGAAUGUGGGCUUGGUGACUAACCUCGGCCUGUGGGCCAGACCGGUGGCUUCAAGAUUACUGUCAAAACCAAAUAUGUAGGUUGACUCACCAAUUGAAUACUGCGCUAGCAAAAGUAGGUGUCUAUUUUAAUAAGAGAGGAAUGAAACCUAGAGGCAUCUGACACAUAUAAAUAUGGAGGACUAGAAGUGCAGCUUAAAAAAUAUAAUGAAGAAACAAUUAUCAAUGUAAUUAAUUCAUGUGUAGAAAUGAGAUUAAAUGGACCAAUAGAUGAUACAUUGAUCAAUAGUUUUUAAAUGCUAAUGUUCUUCUUUUAAAGCAUUUAAAACAACAACUAAUUGCUUUUCUUUGUUCUUUUUUUCUUUACACAUUGGAAGCCAAAGGUGUGUAUCCUAAAAGACUAGCGAAAGCUCAUUGGUUGCUGCCAUUUAUGAACUAUCCAAUGAUAUUUUCAAAGUUGACUGACAGAAGGAUAAAGGAAACAAUUGGCAAAUGAUUUAAGAAAAGCAAUUUUCCAAUGCUUUAUCAUAUAAAAUUUGAAUUGUUUUAUUAUUUAUAUUAAUAAUUCAAAUAAAUAUUUAGUUGUUACAUUUAAAAUUGUAAACAUUUUUUAAAUAAAACACUAGUAAUUAUGUCUUCAUUUUUUAAUUUUUAAUAAAUUGAUAAUUUAAUUCUUCACUUAGUUUUUAGGUGGCACUUCGUCUUACAUGUUAUAAGCUGUUUUAAAUCACAGAUACUGUGUGCUAUUCUGACCUCUGCCUCUCAGAAUUGCCAAACUGUACAGAAGAGCCGUGCAAAGGUUAAAUGUCACAUAUUGACCUUUAAGACUCCGUGGCAACCAAAGGGGUCACCAUAACAUACAGAUGUUCAGGAUGAGCUUCUUACAGACUGAUAGAAAGUGUUCAUUUUUUUCUGCUGUAUCCUGAUCUCUCUAGUCCUUCUAGUCACAGCUUCCUUACUUGAAUCCAAGCAACCUUAUGAAAGCAUGACACUUCAGUAUGGCAGGCCAGUUCAUACUGCGGGUAAGAUGACUCAACAGCUGGGCGUUGGUGUAACGAAGAGAAAAAGGGCUAUGAACCCAGAUUAGUGUGCGUAGCUUUACUCUCACUUUAAAGAAAGGAGGACAGUACUACAAUAGCACUACUAUAAGGGUAGAGUGUCCUAUAAAAGUCUGUUUUCUGCUUGCCCUCGUGUUGGGGGUUGUAUGUUACCUCUGAAUCCAAGCAAAAUGGUGAUACGUGACGUUUAUGGUUUCUGAAAGGCUCUUUAUAAGCGAAGGCUGGAGGGUAUGCAAAAUGCCUGUCUCAUGCAUGCAACACAUGGGUAAAGCUGACACCAGUACACAGAGUUCAUAUUGCACUGUGAAUUAUGUAUUUGUGACACAAACCUCAAGGCUCGACUGAGAGGGUUCAACGGUUAAAAUUCAUUGUACAAAUGAGCGUUUGUAAAUAUGUGCAUCUUAAGUAUGUGUACAAAACUGAAUAAAGAUGACUCUGUCUUAUUUA